AUGGGACUGGUUGAGUACUCCGACUCGUCUGCAGACAGCGAAGCCGAAGCGCCACUCCCGCCAAAGAAAAGGCAGCGAACGGAGAAUAACCCGAUCAAGGAGACGCUCCCUGCGCUUCCCACUGCUUUUCACGACCUCUAUGCCUCGAGCAUUCGUGUUAGUGUACGAGAUGAUCCCAAUUUACAUGGGGGUCGGAAACGUGUUAUCCCUCAUGUAGAGGGGAAUUGGCCCACACAUAUAUACCUUGAGUGGUACCCGCGACGGGAUGAGUUGGCUGUACUCGCAGAUGUUCUCUCAAAAUGUGAGGCGGAAUCAAACCAUGGCACAUCCAAAAUUUGCAGUCUUCUGUAUAGUGAACUGGGCGUUCAACUACCAUUGCACGUCUCACUGUCAAGACCAGUAGUCCUCAGCACGGACCAGAAACAGCCUUUUAUAGAGGCUUUUGAACAUGCCAUUAAAGCAUCCAACACAAAGCCGUUUACUGUUGUUCCAGAUACAUUAGACUGGGUAUCAAACACAGAACGAACACGCUGGUUCUUGGUGAUAAGACUCGAGAAGCCCAAGGACGACAAUUUGAAUAGAUUGCUACGGAUUUCGAAUCGAAUACUGGACUCAUACGGCCAGCCGCCGUUGUAUGCGACCGAAAUAGGAGCAACGAAUAGGUUAUUGAAGCACGAUAAAACUAAACCUCCCGUGGCAGAAGUCGACGAUUAUACCAACUGCUUCCACAUCUCACUUGCAUGGAGUUUGACGGAACCGUCUUUGGAGGAACAACAACGAGUAUCAAGUAUUGCUCUGGAUGAAAUGGCUUCGUUAGAAAUAAACUUCAGCAGCGUCAAGGCGAAGAUUGGGAAUGUUGUACAUAGUCUGAAUCUAGCAUCAUCGUGA